UCUCUGUCGCUUCCUCCUUCGCUUGCUGCGCAUCUCUGCUCUGCCGCUGUCACGUGGCGCGCGACGGUCGAAUCCCCUCGCAUCUCGCCUGCAUAAAAACCACCUUUGGCCAUAGAGGUGACCCCACGAAAACGAACCAAAGGCCUCCGUCUCCCCUCGACGGAAUCUCAUUCGCACCUCGUCUGCACUGCAGGGCCCCAGCACACGCACCUCUGUGUCAGCGGCGGACUCCUCCCACACAGACUUAAAGCACCAGGCUCAACCGGCAAGGACGCUGCUCGGCCGUUUCUCCCCUCCUCAACCGACAAGAUGGCGGCGAGGAAACUACAACAAGAAGUCGACAAGUGCUUCAAAAAGGUGGCGGAAGGCGUCGCCGAGUUCGAGGCCAUCUACGAGAAGAUCGAGCAGUCAAAUAACCCGGCCCAGAAGGAGAAGCUGGAAGACAACCUCAAGCGCGAGAUCAAGAAGCUGCAGAGACUGCGCGAUCAGAUCAAGACAUGGGCUGCCAGCAACGACAUCAAGGACAAGGCUCCCUUAUUGGAGCACCGAAAGCUGAUUGAGACUCAAAUGGAAAAGUUCAAGGCCGUGGAAAAGGCCAUGAAGACCAAGGCGUAUUCCAAAGUGGGACUCGAAGCCGCCGCGAAACUGGAUCCUAAAGAACAGGCCAAGGUCGAGGCCUGCGAAUUCCUCAGCAGCAUGGUCGACGAGCUGGAGCUUCAGAUCGAGACCCUCGAGGCCGAGAACGAAUCCAUACAAGCCACCCUGAAGAAGGGCAAGAACAAGACUGCCCAGGAAAACCGCAUGGCUGAGAUUGAUCAGAUCAUCGAGAGGCAUAAAUGGCAUCAAGGCAAGCUGGAGCUGAUUCGAAGAACACUGGAAAAUGGCGGCAUCGACACGGAGCAGGUCAACGCCUUGGAGGAGCAGAUUCGCUACUAUGUGUCUGACGGCAUGAACGAGGACUACAUGGACGACGACGAGAUCUACGACGAGCUCGACCUGGAAGAAGAGGAAGGCGUCUUUGGAAUGAACCAGGAUACCGAGAAGAAUUCAUCCCAGGAUACGCAGUCCAUACAGGAUGACGUCCACGAGAUCGAACCGCCAUCCAAGGCGAGGAAAGCCGCCAAGGAUACCGAUUCCACAACGUCGUCGACGACACGGGCAAAGUCCGCGCAGUCCAAGUCUCCCCUACCGGCGCUGGCCACGCUCCAUACUCCGCUGUCUACGAUAGGGGCUGGGGGCAGCGGCAGCCCUGCCAUGAAGCCUGCGUCGAUCCCCACGAGGCCGGCAGGGGAGGGCCUCAAGUAUGCGUCUGCCGCUGCCGCCGCCGCCGCCAGCGACAAGAACAAUGUUGGCAUCGCUCCUCUACCCCCGCCACCGGGUAUCAACGUUGGCAUAUCGCCGCUACCGCCUGCGCAGUCGAGAACAAGCGCCACCAACUCUCCCGCCGUCUCGUUCGUACAGCCCGCCCAGGCCUCGUCGUCACAACCCUCCGAACCCAAGCAAUCUGCGCCCGCACCUGCUCCCGUGCCCGCACCCGCACCCGUCGCCAACGAGAACGCUGAGCCUCCGAGUACGAAGUCGACGAAGAAGUCCAAGGCUUCGGGGAAGCAGCCGGCUACCUCGGAGGCAUCAUCAUCCGAGUCUCAAAACGCCCCUCCUCAAACCAACGGACCUCCUAAUGGAUCUACGAACGGUGUCAAGCCCGUUGCGGAAGAAGCCGAAGAGGAAUCCAUCUACCAUCUUCCUGCGUCAUUACAAGACCUCGUCGACUCCUACGAGACGGCGCGGAAACGGCCAUACCAGCCCCUGUCACAGUCCACGCUCAACCUCCUGAGGGCGAGCGCACAAAACUAUCCGAGCGCGUUCGAGGCUGAUGUUCCACGGACGUAUCGUCCGGACAUGCCGGUUCCUCAAACCGGUUCCGGGUUUCCCACCCAGCCACUGCCCAUAUUCGACGAUCCGCGGCUUUACUCGAGGAUUGACCCGGAUACGCUCUUCUACGUGUUCUACUACAAGCAAGGAACGGCGCAGCAAUACUUGGCGGCCAAGGCGCUGAAAGACCAGAGUUGGCGGUUUCAUAAGCAGUACCAGACCUGGUUCCAGCGACAUGAGGAGCCCAAGAAUAUCACCGAAGAAUUUGAGCAGGGCACGUACCGGUUCUUCGACUACGAAAGCACUUGGAUGAACCGAAGAAAGGCAGACUUCAAGUUUGCUUACAAGUUUCUCGAGGAUGACAUCUAG